CUUGUAGAGACACGCUUCUUUACAGCUGCAUCGUCUAAAAUGACUGCAUUGCGAAGGAGGGCGCUACGUUGCGGUGAAGAAUUCACCGUAACUGUAACGUAAUCUUCAAUUUUCUUUAUUCGAAAUCUUGUCGAAUAUCAAUCAAGAGUAUUAAGGAUUGAGAGAAUAACGAAUAUAAAAAGUUCGAACCUAACCUAAUUCCACAUGAGAGAUAAGUAUCCAUCAUCUUCACUUGAGAUGGACAUUGAAGAGAUUCCUGACCUCUCGGACGAAGACUUGGAAGAAGUUGUCGAUUUGGAUAUGGAGAGUGAUAAUGACUCGGUGGAAUCGAUAGAUUCCGUGAAUUCAGUCGAAGACGAAACUUCGCAAAAGGCCAUGUGCAUCUUCAGAGGUCAUUCGCAUGCUUCAUCAGUGUUCUGCGGCUGCCUGAGCCAAAACGGUGAGCUGGCUGUGACAGGAAGCAAGGAAGAUCUAGCUUAUAUUUGGGAUACCACUACAGGAAACAUCGUUCUGAAAUGUACCGGUCACACGGACAGUGUUAUAUUCGCAGAAUUUAAUCAUGAUGAUAACUACUUGGCCACCGGAGACAUGAAAGGUUUGAUACAAGUCUGGUCUAAGAAUGUUUGUUGCUCGCAGUUCUACAUAGAUGAGUUACACUGGAUGAAGUGGCAUCAUUCUGCCAACAUCUUAUUAGCGGCCUCUGAAAACGGAGAGAUUUACAUGUGGAAGCUACCAAAAGGUCAAUGCAAAAUUUUUCACGGGAACGGUACUAUCGUGGAGUCGGGUGCUAUUUUUCCAGAUGGAAAGUCUAUCGUGGUGGGAUGCAGGGAUGGCACGAUACGUAUAAUUGACUUAAAAGAAGGCACCGUGAUGGCCACCAUACCCAAUAAUCAGGGUCAUAGUAGUCUUGUCACUGACAUCGAUUGUCAUAUGAAUAAUAAAUUAUUCAUUUCGGUGUCGACAGACGGCAAGACUAUACUAAGUACAGCGCACAAUGGCAAGAUAAUUUGUGUACUCCAAGAUCUUCAAUCCGAAAUGCCUUCAAAAGAAGAUGACAAUGCGGACGAUCAGCAGGAAGGCCAAAGUGAGUCUCAUAAAGAAAAUUGGGCAGAGACGGUAUCUUUCUGUAAGGAUCCUGCGAUUCCUCUCGCUGCGACUGCAACCGUUAACGGGGAACUCUUUGUAUGGGACAUUUCCAAACAGGUUCUCAGGCAUAAGAUAGAUCUUCAAAUAAUGGACACUCUUACUAAAGUACGGUGGAAAGGCAACACAUCGAUAUUAUUCGUGGCUGGAUUGGAUGGUGUGACAAGAUGUAUCGACGCAAAAACGGGCAAGUGUCUCCAGAUAUACAAGGGACACAAAAAAGCAAUAUUAGAUUUACACAUAUCACAGAAUGAACAAAGGUUACUGACAGUCAGCGAUGAUUCCACAGCCAGAGUCUAUGAUAUUUCGUCCAUAUCCUAAUGGGACGCGAUACAUAGAGAAAAGACAGGGUGACCGAGAAAUCUGUUGCGACUUGAAAAGGCCAUAACUUUUUUUCAACAAAAAAGUUUAUAAUUCUCUUUGCAGAUUAUAUCAGGAUUUUGAUUAUA